AUGUCGCUCCUCGCCCGCUCUGCUGUGCCCCUCCGCCAGGUCGCUGUCCGCUCGCGCGCUGCCCCCGCGCGGUACAUGUCGCACGGCGAGUACAAGCACAUCCCCUUCGACUACGAGAAGAAGGGGGCUUUCGGUCUCAAGGUCGCGAGCUACCUGAUUGGUGGCUUCUCCAUCCCCUUCAUUGCUGCCUACUUCCAGCUCUACAAAGCCGGCAAGGUUUAA